GUCAUGGAAUGUAUAGUGCUACCCUGUCUAACACUUCUACGGAAAAUAGCAUAUGCUGAUCCAGUGGUGCGUUUGUCCCUAGCACAGCAGUCAUCCUUUCUGCUUGUGUUAUUCAGAGUUUCCCUGAUAUUCCAAGCUGAUGGUGCUGUUCUAACUGAAGCUACAGUAUUGCUUUGCCUUCUGUUGUUUGAUGAAGUAGCAAGACAAGAAACAUGGGCUGAUGACAUAUCUAGUAAUGAUACUGACCUACCUUCCUUCAGUUUGCCAGUUGCUGUUGUUAGACGGUAUCAUCUUCCGGUCAGAAUCACUGCUCAUCAUGCUGUUAGUCCCAAUGCUGUCAUUACACCAUUGUCUUCUGACUCCCUGGCUAUGAAGCCUGUGUCAGACAUGCUUAAGAUGGCUUGGAAUCUGUCAUGGUUUCAUGGGAUUGAAGACCUGUUACAGCUGGUAAAUUAUGAGAAGGAAGCAGAAAUAUUUUUAGACAUGCUAAAGCUGUCCUCAGAAGAUAUUCUUAUACUGAAGAUAACGCACACAAGCUAUGGACUGCAGGAAUGUUUUAAUUCCAUCAUUCAGGCAGUAUCCCACAGGGACGUUAGGGCUGCCGUUAUGAAACUAAGUUUUUAUGUUCUUAAUGAUAAGCUUGCUUUAAAAUACAACUCUGGGCCUUCUGGAAAUACUUUGGAGAGCUUUGUUUGGCAAAGAGCGUUAAACAGGUUUCUACAAGUGCUUCCAGCUUCUAUCGAUGAUGAGAAGCUUUUGGUAGAUGUCUUGAAUUUUUUAAACAAGCUGCUUAGGGAGCAGAGAACAAGUUUAGAAAUGGACCAUCUAAAGUGGAUGCUGAAAACAUUGUAUGAGAAUAAACCAAACUCACUCUUGGACCUCCUGGUGCGGCCAGAAUCCCAAGUGCAGGAUGCAACAGAUGAAAUACAGACAGCUGUCAGACAACAGCUGGAUAAAGAACUCAUUCACCUUUUUAACACAUUGCUGCUUUGCUCCAUGUCAGUGACUGACAGAGAGGGCUUGGAACUUGCAGGUGCUUUCAGAACAGAGCUGGCCCUGAAGUUGCUGCAGUGCUUGAGGCUGGCAGACGCACCACACUUCUAUGGCCUCCCUUCCCUUGAAAGAAUACUGCGAGGAAUGGUGCACGUUACUGCACUUCCAGACUGGAGCACAUAUUCUGCAGUGGAACCUAUUGCAAUCUGUAAGAAAUAUUUAGCAGGUCUUCUUGAGGUCAUUUCAUCAUUUUAUGUUGAAUGGGGAGGAAAUGCUAUGUCCUUCAUGGGAAAAGGUGUUACGAAGAGCACAGUUCUUUGCUUGCUUCACUUGUCCCAUGAAAUGAUGGCUCAAGCCAAGGAAACAGACUGGGUAUCUCUUUGGUCCUUGCCUUAUGAUAACAAUGAAGAGCAAGUUCCUCCUCAGCUAGGUCUGGCAUGGCUGGUUCCUUUAUGGGUUGAUAGAGAUCCUGAGGUCAGAUUUACCUCACUUGGAAUAGGAUCAGCUCUUACAUCUGUUGAAGUCGGAUGCAUUGCUUUAGCAGAAAGCUGUCAAAACAUAUCAGGAGGACUGUGGGGAACAGUGAUCAAUAUCCUUCUGGACCAAUCUGAAUGUAGCAUGGUGCGCAGGGAGGCUGCUUUUAUUCUACAGAAUCUCCUUGUGAUCCCAAUUCCUACUGAAGAUGUGAAAGAUUGUGCUUGGCAAGGACCCUGUGUACAUGAUGAAGAGUCUGGUCUCUCACAGUCAGGCAAACCUGCACUACAGGCCCUUUUCUAUCACUGCCGCUUCUAUGAACACUUGAAUCAGAUGGUGAAGCGCUGCUACCUUGGGUGUUACAUGUUUGAUUUGAAUUGUGCCAAGGGAGACAACCUGACCAUGGAAAAAAGUGGUACAGCUGAUUUUGAUGAUUCGCUUAAUAUUUGGAAGGUUCCAUCCACUCAAAGCCAGUCUUCCCAUUCUCUAUCAACAUCUGAUACUAUGAUUCUGUCUGCAUCACCGUCACUGGGGAGUGCUACUGAGCUUCAGACAAAAGGCCCAACAUAUUCAUCCAGUUUUAUUCCCAAAACUGCAGCUGAUAGGCUUACAGCUCAAGGUCAGAGUGAUACUACCACAACAGGGUCUUCAAGUCAGCAUGGUUCUCCCCUGUCUGUUGGGCUGUCUAAACAGUGUGCUGUGGUCACACCCGCUCUCCUGUCUGCGGUUUGCAGCCUUCUGCAUAAUCUGCUCGUUGUCACUCCAGAAGAUACUGGAAUUGCUCUCCAGCAAGCACACUUGCUAACAGCUCUCAGCAGUCUUGUAAAUGCUAAUCUAAUCGAGAGAUGUAUCCUGGAACUGAAAGCUCCUUUGGGUAAUUCCUGUCAUGUGGAACAAGUAAAAGUUCAGGUAUUACUGCUACUUCAGUACUUAUCAUCUGUGUCCAAGCUUUUGAAAACGUGCUUACUGGUGCACUCUCAGCUUGUCAUCCAGGAUGAACUGUUGAAACCUUUCCUAGGAAACAGUUUCAUGAUCCUCUCCAUUCGCUCUAAAGAUGGGCUCGAUGCUGAGCUAACAUCUGCACUCCAUGAAACCUGGAUAGACUACUUCAAUCUUCUAGCUACGUUAUUGUGGAAAAGUGGCCAAUUUUCUCUUCCAUCUGUAACAGCAGCUCUUGGAAAUCAUUGGACAGCAAUAAUUGAUACCAUUUGUGAUUGUAUUAAUCUGUCAACCACGUGUCCUGAUUUAUAUAAGGCUAGUUUACAGUUUAUCACUGCCCUUUUGACUGAAGAAGGAAAAAGACAGCUCGGUGAUAAACAGAGUAUGUGCCAGAAUCCAACUGUAAGCUUUCUUCUAGAUGAAGCUGAAGGAUGUCAGGCAUCAGUAACUCAACUUACUGGAUUAAUAAUUCAGGUCUAUGAGAGAAAAUCUUCAAAAGAUGUCCUGAAACAAGUGGCUACAAGUGCAUUGCUAUCCCUGUUAGCUGUCAGUAGAAAUGCCCAGAAAUGUGCUUUAGAAGCUGACCUAAUAGACAGCUGUGUAGAACAGAUGAAACGUAUUCAUGCGCAGAUGAAUUUGGAUUCCCUAAAGCCUGGGAAGACUCAGAAGAAAAAGGAGGAUAGCCUUAUCAAGCAGUUACAGUGUGCUAUGCAGCUUCUCAGAAAUUGCCUCUUUCAAAAUGAAGAAUGCAAACUGGCAGCACACAGAGCUCACCUUGUUCCUGUUCUGCAUUCGCUAUGGCCAUGGUUUUUACUAGAUGACUCCUCGAUGCAAAUAGCUCUGCAUUUGCUUUGUGUCUACACUGCAGACUAUCCUGCAGGUUGUAGUUCACUUUCUUUGUCAAGUGUUGGACAAGCACAGCUUGCAUCUGUUCGAAGUGGAGCUGGCAAUUCAUUAAUGCAUAACAUCAUGAAAUUGGCUACUCCCAUAUCAAGUGAUACCAGCCCUAUUCUGCUGAUGGUCUUUGGUCUUCUUUCUAACCUUGCCUUGUCACAUGACUGUAAAGGUGUUAUUCAGAAGAGUAACUUCCUGCAAAGCUUCCUUUCUCUGUCAUUACCAAAAGGAAAUCAUAAAAAUCUUAGUAAUAUGUGUGCUCUUUGGCUAAAACUGCUACUGAACAUAUCUUUGGAAGAAGAUGGACAGCAGAUGAUUAUGAAGAUCAAUGGGGCAUUAGACCAGAUUGUGGAGAUGUGUAAAUAUAAGCACAAGAGUAAUCGGCGUAUAGCACUACUUGUUUUACAUAAUAUGUGUUUUAGUCCAGCUAAUAAACCCAAGAUAUUAGCUAAUGAUAAAGCUAUCAGCGUGCUAUCUGCCUGUUUGGAAAGUGAUAGUAUUGAUGUUCAGAGAAUCGGUGCAGCCUCACUUUGGGCUUUGCUUCACAACUAUCAGAAGGCAAAAGUGACUUUGAAGAAUCCAUCUCUAAGAAGGAGAAUAGAUGAAGCUUAUUCUUCAGUAAAGAAAGCUACUCCACAGCCAGAAGAAAAUGAGCUAAAUGCAUACCACCUGAAAUGCUUAGAAAAUGUAGUGCAGCUUCUUGAUUCUUAAGGAUUGUCAAAUGACUUCACAUCUCGAAACUGGUAGCUUGCUCAAGAGG